AAUUCGCAAUCAGUUUGCAAAUGGGAACCGAUCCAUUCAGAUGGCAGCCGCAGUAGUCCAAAAUUUCGCCCAGGAGGAGCUCUUUGUGAGCAGGGCCACAAUUCAGCUGCAGUUGCCGCCAGGUGGAGCCAGCAGUCCGCCCGUCUUCGAGUGGCGCACACAGGUGGUCACGCCCACUCCCACACCCGUUCCCGCCCAAGAAGAGGAGUGCAUUAGUAGUCGGCACAAGACCAAGGAGGCUGCCACGCCCAAGAAAAAUUACUACGAGCGGGCUUUGGGAUCGGAUCCGAAGGGCAAGAAGAACCUCCUCCAAACGAUGGGCAACUUCUUUGAGGCGGAGCGCCACGCCAGCGCCUCGAAUCGCGUGACCAAGUAGGCGACCCGCAAAAUCCCCGAAAAACCCAACCGAGAGGGAGGCCUAAUCGAUUAACCCAUUAAGUGCCGAGAGCUGCAGGAUAGUGAAAUUCCAUUCCGUUGCCAAAAAUUCCAAUUCAUGCCCCAAAAUUGCUUACUCGAUUUGUGGAUUUCUAUCCGAGGGCCGAGGGCCGACGCAGACCCAACUAUGUAUAUAAGCAUCCCAUGAAUAUUUAUGUGCCACCCUUAUACACCCCCAUAUCCCGAUAAUGCAAUAAAAGUAUUAUUUGAUAGAUAAAGCGAAA